CUCUCGGCUUCUUCGGCUGAACCGGAAAUAAUUGGUUGGCAUUAGCAACGUUUCGGCCGAUCCAGGCCUGAAUACAGAAAUAGCAGAAGAAAGAGAAACAAACAGACAGAAAACACUGAAGAACAGGCAAACAUUCCUGUUGAGCCUCAUACUGAGAUUGUGAGGCAAGAGACUAUAACAGAAUGACAAGCUCCUCUACUCCUAGAAUGCACACGUACAAGAGGACUUCCAGCCCUCGAUCACCAACGAAUACAGGAGAGCUUUUCACACCAGCACAUGAAGAAAAUGUGCGCUUCAUCCAUGACACUUGGCUUUGUGUUUUGAGAGACAUUAAAUCCCCACAAAAUAGUGAACGUAAUGAUCGUGGACCACAGGAGUAUGUGGAGAAAAACCCAAAUCCCAACCUACAUUCUUUUAUACCAGUGGACCUGAGUGACCUUAAGAAGCGGAACACACAAGACUCCAAGAAGUCUUAAAUCGUUCCUUCUCUUUCUGAUCUAGCAGUUUUUGUCCUCCCUUUUACAUUUGGGACCUUUUUACUCUUAUCAGUCUUCUGUCGGCCAACAAAGAUCCACAAGCUGGAAGAUUUGGCCACCUUAGUCCAGAAAGCUUCUCUCUUCUCUGCCUCUUGGACCUGUGGUCUGGACUUACAGGCUGACAUCUAUUUAUGCGUUACAUUUUCAAGAGCCGUUUGAGUGGCCAUUCCCUGUUUUUCAUGUUCAUCCGGGCUCUCUGAUCUCUUUUUUUUUUUUUUUUUGUUGAAAAUAACAAAGACCUGUUUCAGGAUUUUUUUUUUCUUACUCCUUGGGUUUGGGUUUCAAUUCUUCUCCAUGUGCAUUUUUUUUUUUUUUUGAUGUGGAGAUGAGAAAGGCAAAGAACAGUGAUGCUUAAACUGUUGGACAGACUCUACACAAACUUUCUCAAAAUGGGACGCAGUCCUGGAAUUUACUCCUUUUUCAAAACAUGUUGAUCACCUGAUGGAGAGCGACUGACUGUUCAGUUAGUUUCAUAGAUUGAUUGAUUCAUAGAAGAAUUUAGCCAGUUUUGUCUGAUAGGACAGGUAAGUUUGGCUCGGCAAAUAUUUUUAGUAAACGUACCUCCAUUUUUAAUUAUGAAUUGAUACCGUCAAAAACUUUAAGUAGACUUUUUCCACAUCUUUCGUUCCCAGCCUUUAAAAUAAAAUUAAAAUAAAGAUUACUUUUAUGUUA